AUGUCGGUUGAAACAAUCAAGGUCGCUGUCCUUGGCGCUGCCGGUGAAAAUGCUGGCUUAAUCCUAGACGGACUACUCGCUUCCAAGGAGCCCAAGUUUGAAAUUACCGCCUUGGCGCGACCAUCAUCUGUGUCCAAGGCAUCUUACAUUAAGCUCGCUACGAAAGGCAUCAGAAUUAUCGCGGUCGAUCUCGACGGGUCAGAUAUUCAAAUUGCUGAAGCUCUAGAGGGACAGGAUAUUGUCAUUGCCUCAGUGCCCCCUAAUGCGUUGGAUUCCCAGCUUCCUCUUAUCCGCGCUGCGAAGCUUGCCAAUAUCCAGCGUUUUGUUCCCAGCGCCUUCGCCAUGGCUAUUGCCCCAUCCGGUAUUUGUGGCGUGCAAAUAGAGAAAGAACGAAUUUAUGCUGAGCUCGUAGCCUCUAGCAUUCCUUAUACUAUUAUCGACGUUGGAUGGUGGUAUAAUGGCUUCAUCCCUCAAGUGCCAUCAGGAUUCACAGAUUUUGCUAUUGCUCUACCGGACUUCAUCAGGAAUCUUGUACCUGGGGACGGCACUGUAAAGACCCAUGUUAUCGACAAUCAGGAUGUCGGUCGUCUGGUCGCCCGCAUUAUUACUGACCCAAGAACUAUCAACAAGCGGGUGAUGGCCUCAGGCACCGCCCUCUCGUUUGAUGACAUGUUUGCCAUCGCUGAAGAACUGACUGGUGAAAAACCUGAACGUAGAAAUGUGUCGGCGGAAGGGCUCAAAAAUAUGAUUGCUGGCCUGAACGCGAAGCUUGAAGGUAGUCCAGAUGACUACUUCCUCUUCGUCGGCAAGAGUUGGCUUGAGUACUACUACUCUUCUUUCAUCGACUUCCAGAUGGCAUAA